AUGUUUUUAAUACUAUCAUUAGUUUUAGUAAUAUAUUCAUUAAUAUAUUAUUAUUUUAGACAUAAGUUUUCGUAUUGGAAAAAACGCGGUGUUGAAACUUAUUCAGCUAGAUUUCCUUUCGGUCAUCUAGGAGAAUAUUAUUUAAAUAAAAAAAGUUAUAUUGAAAUAUUUACUCAAUAUUAUGACCAAUCAAAAAGUGAAUUUUGUGGGAUAUAUCAAGGAAUUGAUCCACUAUUAAUUGUGAAGAAUCUCGAAGAUAUAAAAUAUGUAUUAGUGAAAAAUUUUAAUUGUUUCAUGAAUCGUGGAAUACAUACAGAUGUAAAUAACAAUUUUUUGAGUGAACAUUUAUUUCGCAUCGAAGACGAACAAUGGAAAAAUCUACGAAACAAACUAUCACCAGCAUUUACUUCUGGAAAAUUAAAAGCGAUGUUCGAAACUAUAAAUCAAUGUGGCAAUGGAUUAGAGUACGCACUUAAUAAGGCGAUGGAUCCCAAAACUGGUGAUAUAAAUGUACAAAUGUUAGUUCAACGUUAUACCGUAGAUGUGAUUUCAUCAGUUGGUUUUGGUGUGGAAGCGAAUAGUUUAAAAGAUAACUAUGCAUCUCCGAUCUUUAACUUAAGCCAAGAUAUCAUUGUACGAAAGUCUUUACAUUCAUUUCUCAUCAAAUUAGCAUUUUUCGGUCCAUCGUAUGCAAAAAUAUUAUAUAAUUUUUUUUCUGAAGGAUCGGAAGAAACUCGUCAAUCAUUUUUAAGUAUGGUAAAUAAUAUUGUAGAAAGUCGGGAGAAAAAUAAAAUUACCCGAAAAGAUUUUCUACAAUUAUUGAUUGAAUUGAAAAAUCAUGGGAAAAUUGACAGUUCAAAUGAUUCCUUAGAUAAUGCAGAUGUGUUUGAUAAAAAAGAUACACUUAACUUUGAAUUUAGUAUGAAAACAUUCGUAUCUCAAGUAUUUGUUUUCUAUUUCGCUGGAUUUGAUACAUCUGCUUUGACAUUAACAAUGAUGUUGUAUUAUUUGGCUGAAAAUCAAAAUAUUCAAAAGAGAUUACGAAAAGAAAUUGAUGAAUGUCUAAAAAAACAUAACAAUGAACUCACAUAUGAUGGAGUUAUGGAAAUGGAAUAUUUAGAAAUGGUUUUAUCAGAAACAUUACGUUUGAGGCCAGUACUCGGACAUUUGGUGCGAGUAUGUAAUAAAGAAUGCUAUUUGCCAAGUUCAAAUUUAAAAAUAGAUGUUGGAACAACUAUUGGCAUUCCAAUUUAUAAUAUCCAAAGAGAUGAAAAAUAUUUUCCAAAUCCAAAUAAAUUUGAUCCAGAACGUUUUUCAAAAGAAAAUAUAUCAAAAAUACCAAAUUUUGCAUAUUUACCAUUUGGAGAUGGUCCUCGAUUUUGUAUUGGUUUGAGAUUAGGAAAAUUACAAACUAAAAUGGGCCUUAUAGCAAUUUUACGAAAUCAUAGUGUGCACCUGUCGGAUAAAACAAAAAUUUCAAAUUAUGCACCAGAAUACGUUAUUCUUAAACCAAAAGAACAUGUUAUUUUAAGUUUUCGUAAAUAUAUUUCAACAGAAAAGGAAUAAAGUUUAAAAUAAUACUAAAUAUUUACAU